AUGGCGUGCAUUGGGGACGCGGACCCGUUCACCGCUGCCAUACCUGCCACCAAAGUUGAACUCACGGUGUCUUGUAGAAAUCUCCUGGACAGAGACACAUUCUCCAAGUCUGAUCCAAUUUGUGUGCUGUACACUCAAGGAGUAGCCAACAGGGAAUGGAGAGAGUUUGGUAGGACAGAAGUCAUCGACAACACCCUCAACCCUGAUUUUGUUCGCAAAUUCAUUCUGGACUACUUUUUCGAAGAGCGGCAGAAUCUACGCUUUGACCUAUAUGAUUUAGACUGCAAGAGUGAUAACCUCUCCAAACAUAAAGACUUCCUGGGCCAGGCUUUCGGUACUCUGGGGGAAAUCGUUGGUUCCCUGGGAAGCCGCUUGGAAAAACCUUUGAUUGGGAUCCCAGGGAAGAAAUGUGGAACCAUCAUAGUGAGAGCAGAAGAACUGAGCAACUGCAGGGAGUCGGUGAUGCUACAGUUUUGUGGCAACAAGCUGGACAAGAAAGACUUUUUUGGGAAAUCUGAUCCUUUCCUUGUCUUCUACCGCAGCAACGAAGACGGAUCGUAUACCAUCUGCCACAAAACAGAGGUGGUGAAGAACAAUCUGGAUCCGGUGUGGCAGGCUUUUAAAAUCCCUGUCAGGGCGCUGUGUAACGGAGACUAUGACAGGAGCAUCAAGGUGGAGGUGUAUGACUGGGACAGAGAUGGAGGUUGCUUCACUAAAGUAAUAACAUGGGUGGAAAUGGGGCUGUGUUCGUUUUACAGCCACGACUUUAUCGGUGAGUUCAGCACCAGCUACAGAGAAAUGUCCAGAAGCCAGUCGCAGUUCCACAUCUAUGAGGUGCUUAAUCCAAAGAAAAAAGGAAAGAAGAAGAAAAAGUACCAAAACUCAGGAACGGUCACCCUCCUGUCCUGCCUGGUGGACACUGAACUCUCCUUCCUGGACUACAUCAGAGGCGGGACUCAGAUUAAUUUCACAGUGGCAAUUGAUUUCACAGCAUCAAAUGGCAACCCGUCCCAGCCCACCUCACUCCAUUACAUGAGCCCGUACCAGCUGAACAACUACGCCAUGGCGCUGCGGGCGGUCGGAGAGAUCAUCCAGGACUACGACAGUGACAAGAUGUUUCCUGCACUGGGCUUUGGUGCCAAGCUUCCACCAGACGGACGGGUCUCACAUGAGUUUGCCCUGAAUGGUAAUCCACAAAACCCCUACUGCAAUGGUAUUGAGGGGGUAAUGGAGGCCUAUUACCAGAGUCUCAAAUCUGUUCGACUCUACGGACCCACCCACUUCUCCCCUGUUAUUAACCAUGUGGCCAGGUAUGCAUCAGCGGUGAUGGACGGCUCACAGUACUUCAUCCUGCUCAUCAUCUCUGACGGUGUGAUCACGGACAUGGCACAGACCAAGGAGUCUAUAGUCAAUGCCGCAUCUCUGCCCAUGUCAAUUAUAAUAGUCGGGGUUGGGCCAGCAGAAUUUGAUGAAAUGAUCGAGCUGGACGGAGAUGAGGAGAGGAUCUCUUCCCAAGGACGAUAUGCAGAGAGGGACAUUGUUCAGUUUGUUCCUUUCAGAGACUACAUUGACCGGCGAGGAAAUCACAUCCUCAGUAUGGCUAGGCUGGCUAAAGAAGUGCUCGCUGAAAUCCCAGAUCAGUUCCUGUCCUACAUGAGGACCAGAGGCAUCAAACCCGGGCCCUUGCCACCUCCUUAUACCCCCUGUCCGCCACCAGCUAUCCACCCCCUUCUCACCAGACGGGUAAGCCGAAUUUAAAAGCUGAAGCCUCACUCCAACGCCAGCCAACUUCGUUGGUCUCUACUACUUCUUCUCUGCUUCUUCCUCUUCAUGCUUCACCGGAAGCUUUUGGAGCAUGUGGCGAACCUCGCCU